AGCACCGGACAGGGCUGCGUCCCUGCAGGAGGAGCGGUCGAACCGACCUGACAUCACCACAUUCAGUUUAGAGCAGCUGCGCACAGCAUCGCACCAGAACGCAGCCUCCGCUUUACGACUGAAAAGGCAGCUAUUACACAUCAUGGGCAACGUACAGCCCACUAUCGUCCCUUAUGAGGACUUUGAUGUCCUAGCGGAUAUUAAAGCUAUCAGGAAAGCCUGUAAAGGUUUAGGCACAGAUGAAGACGCCAUCGUUCAGAUCCUGGCCAAUCGUUCUGCUGCUCAGCGUGUGGAAAUCAAACAGGCCUACUUUGAAAAGUACGAUGAUGAGCUGGAGGAGGUUCUGAAGAAGGAGCUGACCGGCAGCUUUGAGAACGCCGUCAUCGCUAUGCUGCACCCUCCGCAUGUCUACGUUGCCCAGGAGCUAAGAAAGUCCAUGAAGGGAGCUGGCACAGACGAAGCCGUGCUGGUGGAGAUUCUGUGCACGGCGUGCAACGAGGACAUCAUGAAGUAUAAGGAAGCAUACGUCCAGGUGCAUGAGCGCGACCUGGAAGCAGACAUUGAGGAUGACACCAGCGGGGACGUGAGGAAUCUGCUGAUGUCACUGCUGCAGGCGAGCAGGGAUGAAGGCUACGAGGUGGACGAGGAUUUAGCCGAGCAGGACGCUACAUCUUUGUUUGAGGCAGGAGAAGGCAGGUUUGGCACCGAUGAGUCCACCUUCACCUAUAUCCUCACGCACAGGAACUACCUGCAGCUCCAGGCCACCUUUAAGGUCUAUGAGUCGCUGUCUGGAACAGACAUUUUGGACACUAUUGAUGCUGAGGCCACUGGAACCCUCAAAGACUGUUACAUUACACUGGUGAGGUGUGCGAAGAACCCGCAGCUCUAUUUCGCCCGACGACUUAACGCGGCGAUGAAGGGGUUGGGCACCGAUGAGGACACGCUCAUCCGCAUUAUCGUUGGCCGUUCUGAGAUCGACCUGGAAACGGUGAAGGACAUGUACCUGGAGAAGUACGACGUCACCCUGAAGGACGCUCUGGAUUCUGAGUGCGGUGGAGACUUCAAGCGCCUCCUCAUUCAGAUCCUACACUGAAGCUUCUCAUAUUCAGGCCUUCUUCAACCUCUGCACCCACUCAUUUCUCCUCCUCCUUACUCCUCUGCUUUACCUUUAACAGCUCUCACUUACUCAGUUCAGACUCCUUCCUACCCAUCAUCCUUCCCUCUCCUCUCACACAGUCACUGCAGCAUGGAUCAAAAACCAAUUUGUUCUGUAUGUGACACUGUUGUUCAUAGUGUUUCAGUCCAUACACCUUUGCCAAGAAGAUUGCACUCAGUGGAAUUAUCCCAUAUACAGGGGAGGCACAUCAACAUUUUGUAACUAUAUUUUGGAACUUGCAUGUUCAUCAACUUCACAAUCUGUGUGUGUAAAAUCUGAAAAAGAUUCAAAAAAUGACACAGUAUAAACACCAAUAUGUUGCAUACAUGCAUCAUUAAUGCAAGUCUCUCCAUUCAUCAUUUCUAAGAUGCCUUUUGUAAAAUUAUGCUGAUGCAAUUUCCUUUUUGCUGCAACACUCAAGUGCCGAAUCACAUGUGAUCUCUAACAUCUGAAAACAGCAGAGGUUUCACUCUAGAUGAGGAUAAUACUGUAUGACCCUGUUACCAAAGGACGAUGGAUUUGAGUACAGCAUAUACAGUAGGAUGGGUUUUUGUAGCAACAUCCCUAAAUGCUACCUGGGAUUUUAACUGUUUGUACUUUUGUUUUUAACCACAGCUCACAAGUUGCCUUGUUUCACACAUUUUACUCCAUAUAUUAAAUAUUGGGAUUAGAUUAACUGCAACCCAAAAGUCAGACGUCUGCAGAGCCCCUAAAGGGACGUGGAUAGAAAAAUAGUUUCCGGUUUGUAUGAGAAACUUAGCUUUUGUUGAUCAUAUUGUUUUUUCAUUGCCUGCACCCCUUUGGGAGGUGAGCAGAAGUCAGUGUAGAUCAUUGCACAUUUUUCCAUUUUUAGUUGAUGAUGACAUUGUUGCACAGGACAUAAACCAAGCUCUGUAACUCCUGAUGUUGUGUAAUUGAAUCUGAGCUAAAUUUUAUGUAAAACCAUUACACUUAUAAAUAACUAUGUUAGAAGUAGAUAAUGUUGUGUUGUAAUACAUGGAAUUACACAAAACACUAAAGUAAGGUGUUGCAUAAUAGAAAUGUGUAUGUAGUAAUAAUAAAUUCGAACUCUACGUAAAGUUCAUACUUCAUUAUUACUUGGUAUUUAUUACCAGCAGAGCGCAGGAUUACAGUAUACCACUGGAGAUGUAUGUAUGUAUGUAUGUAUGUAUGGAUGUAUGGAUGGAUGGAUGGAUGGGUGGCACAGUGGUGUGGUGGAUAGCACCGUCAUCUCACAGCGAGAAGGUCCUGGGUUUGAUUACUGGAGGCGGCCCGGGUGUCUUUCUGAGUGGAGUUUGCAUGUUCUCCCUGUGUGCACACAUGCAACACGUCUUUUCAACUUUUAGUUUUGUUUGCUUUUGUCGCUAUGUAGAGCCAGGUUUGCUUCUGUUGGCUAAUGUUAGGCGAUGUUGUCUUGCUUAACCUGGGCCAUGUAAGUAGUAGUAGUAUGUCAGUAGCUUUGAUAGCCUCCCAAAUUAUAUUCAGCUACAUUGUCUCAUUUAGCAUGAGCCAUGUAAGUCAUGAAUUUCUGAGAAUUUAAUUACAGUAAGUCAUGCCUUGUAGCAGUGUUAAAUUACUGUUGUUAAAUUACUAUUGUUAUUAAACAAUUCUUAUGUUCCAACGUUUCGUUCACGCGGUCUCCGACCCGGGUCUCAUAGACUUCCACGGUGUCUCAUAGAGCCUAUGGGCAAGCAACAUACUCAUUGUGCAAUGAAGACAAUUCCACACACCUGUGCCCAUUAGUCUGUGCUGGGUCAUUGUGCUUUCUGGAUCGUUUGAAGUCUGCUGCCUGUCUCUUAUCUUUGCUUGUUAAGGGAGAACUGUGAGGACCUCAUGCCAUGUUAGCCAUGCACAGUAAGUCAUGCAUUUUAGUAAAUGUGAGCCAUGCAGUUUGUUUUGCUAGUCUAAAUAGCCAUGUUUGCCAUGUUAGCCUUAAUUAGCCAUGGAGGAGCAGGAUGGCUUUUGGCUAAAAUGUAACUUUCCUUCUUUGAGUCUUGCAGGAGGUGCAGCGAAGCUGUCAUCCAGAGGGUAGCCACUGAAAUGCAGGGUAAAUGGCAUGGGAGGGAUCUCUAAUAAUCUUGCUUGCUAGCCUGAGUGCAUGCUGAUUGUGGAUUUGGGACAGUGUUCUAAUUGGUUGGCCAAUGAUUUUGGAGCACACUUUGACACAGUUCUGUAGUUGAUUCCUGUUCUGUAGGAUGGUGGAGUGGAACCAGCAGGUUAUGGCGAAUGGCUCCCUUAGCUCUCUGUUUGGUUGAUAUUGUAGUCCCCAUCCUCCUGUUUUGUUAGUUGUGUCCUUUAGUUUAUAAAGGAGUGUUUUUUGGUUUUGUCUUGCCCAGUUUAUCUGCUUGUGUGUGCUUUGACCGUAGGUUCGUUGUAGACCUUUUGUGAAUUUAUUAAAAGGUUUUAUGGGACCUAACUUGUUCUCUCUGCCUCUGAUCUAGUCCAACGAACAAUCAAGAUCCACACCAAUGGUGGAUCACAACACCACUCCAAGUCCUGGAUGGAUGUAUGUGACUAAUGCAGUUAAAACUGAGAUGCAUCCUACUUUGGGAGGGACGGUGGGUGGGACCACUUCCCAGUGCCCCCCCCCAGUCCCUCCAUCAGUAGGGUGCCCCUCACAGACCUACAGCAAGUGAAAAAGGGGGAAUAAUGUACAUGUAGUAUUAUGUAUUAAUGUAGGAAAGCGAGGCACUGGGGUAUGGGUAUGUAUUUCAUAAUAAUACUAAUUUAAAAAAUGUUUGUGAUUACAGUACUUCAUAAUUUCAUUGUUCAAUUUACAUAUUUGUCUCUAAUUUACUUAUAUAUGUAUUUAAUUCAUAAUAUCCUAUUAUUUAUUAAAUUAUUUAUUAUUAUUCAGCUAUUUGGAGUUCCACUUUGAUGCAGUAGAUGGGUUAUCAGACCUGUUCUGUGGUAAUGACCAAGUUGGUUCAGGGGAUGACUGAGAACUCAAAGGUGUGCCAGAAGCAGAUUGGAGGCUUGGAACUUCCACAUUAUCAUAAUUAUUCUCACUUUGGGACUUCCAGCCCGUACUUAUCACAGAUAAUUUAGUUAUGGGGUUCCAUGUAUGCCUUACCUGCUAGCAUCUUGCUAGCCUGCUUCUGUGCUGCCACUGUAAGAUCAGUGCCCUUUUUGGUGUCUUUCAGUCCAGCUUUGUUCAGCCACUGGUAGGAUUUGUCAAAUUCAGCCACUUCUUCUAUCUGUCGUGGUACAUACUGUGCAUACUGGGUUUGUUCUUCCAUGAGGGUUCCUCCUUUUCCUUCAUCUCCUCUGGUUUCUGCUGCCUGAGGUAUUUACUAAACAUGUCGGCUGUUGGGACCUGUCGGGAUCCUGGGCUGGCUCUGCCAGCCAUCCUGUUGUUUUUACCCUGGAUCACACUUUCUCCCUCUCCUUGGACCAUGCCCACUACCUCUCUUUUUCUCUGUAGUCUCCUGGCAAUCAGCCCAACUUGCCACACCUGUACUUCCCCUCUGCUUACCUUUAAAGACUCCUGCAGCACAGCACUCUGUGCUGGGUCAUUGUCUCACUAUUACCUUGUCACAAUAUCACCUCAUCGCGCCAUGUUGGUCAUGUCAGGUCGGUUGCCAUGCUCUAGGUCUGUUGUUGCUUUCAUGCAAUGCUUUAGUUUUGUUGUUCGAACCUUGCCACGCUAUAGUCUCGUUGUUCACUCCAGGCCAUGUAUUAGACUCGUGUUUAUGCCAGGCCACACCAUAGUUUCGUGUUCAAGCCAGGCCACGCCAUACUGUUGUCUCGGUGUUCACGCCAGGCCACGCCAUAGUCUCGGUGUUCACGCCAGGCCACGCCAUAGUGUAGUCUCGGUGUUCACGCCAGGCCACACCAUAGUCUCGGUGUUCACGCCAGGCCAUGCCAUAGUCUCGUGUUUACGCCAGGCCACGCCAUAGUCUCGGUGUUCACGCCAGGCCACACCAUAGUCUCGGUGUUCACGCCAUGUUGCAAGCUUUUUGUUCACAUAGGCCAUAUUGCUAGCCACAUUUUGCUCAUGCUGUGCCUUUGCCUCGUUCUGCUCGUUUUUGUUUUUUUUAUGUUUUUUUUUUUGUUUGGCCAGGCCUCAGCCACAUUGUUAAGUUUGGCCUCCUGUUGGAUUCUGUUUGUUUUAAAGGAGUGUUUUGUGUUUGGUUGAAAAUAAACUGUGUCCAUAGAUUCCUGGCCGUCACUGUGCUCUGACUCAGUCCAAACAGACUUUCAAAGCCCCAAUCUGCCAUUUUGUGUGGCGGAUUUUGACAGGACCAUCUUCCUGAUGUAUUCAUAUAUCUCAGUUGUUUCAUCCUAGAUAGUGACUCCUUCCUUCUGCUUAGCUUACAGACUCAGGGUGCUGGAUUUGGGGUUAAACCCUCUAUGCAUUGUACUGAGCCUCCUUGUCUUGAUGUCAGUGGCUUCUAUCCCCUCUUUUUGCCAGCUUAUUAUGCCAGGAGGGUACCUGAUGACCAGGAGGGUGUAGGUGUUGAUCACUCGUACUUUGUUCUUUGUUCCCAUUUAGCUGGCUUCUCAGGACUUGCCUUACCCUUUGGAGGUACUUAGUGGUUGCUGUUUUCCAUGCGGCCCCUCGUGACUACCAUUUGCCUGUGGGAUUCCAAGGUAGCUAUCCCCACAUCUGCUACAGUAUCUUGCCUUCUGGUAGUUCUAUACCCUCAGUCCUGAUUACCUUUCCUCUCAUUGCUACCAUUCGACCACACUUACAGUCCGCAUGACAUUCCAAUGUCUUGGCUGUAUAUCCUGGUGGUAUGUAUCAGUGAGUUGAGUUGAUAUCCAUGUAGAGGAGGUGGCUUUUUGCUGCGUUAUUCAGCAGUCGGUAUCCAUGCCAGACCUAUGCAGAACAGCAGCAGGGACAGAGCAUCUCCUAUAUGGUAUAUGCUGCACUUGAUGUUGACUUGGAAAUUGGCUUGGAGUUGGCCUCUAGGGUUGUUUUCCACUCUCCCAUUGCGUUCUGGAUGAAGGUUUUUGGAGUCCUGCUGAUCUUGAUAAAGUAUUUCAUGAUCAAUGUAUGAGGCAUUGAGCCACAGGUUGGUAUGUCUGGUCUUACAGUUUCGGGUGACUGCUUUGUCUACCAGUAGCUGGUGAUUUUCUCCCCUGGUGUUACUACCAAUUCUUGGCUGCUAUGAUGUGUUGCUCCUCUAAGUUCAGAGGGCAUACGGUGUGCUGGAACAGAGAGUAAACAGAGGACAUGUUUUGUACGUUUUAUUUCCCCCAAAGAGGAAGGAUUUAUCUCACAUUAAUCUAGCGAAUAACAAUACAACAACACAAGUCAUACAUUUAAGUAAAACCAUUAAACUCCAUCAAUGAUUCAAUAUUUUUUUUACUUGUGUAAUUAUUAAAGGAAAACUUCACUGAUUUUCAAUGGGGGCUGUCUAUAUCCUGGUGGUAUGUCUAAAAUGACCUUGGGUAGUAUGUAAGAAUAAAGGCACACUCAGAUUACUCCAUAUUAUCUAUGCAGAGAAAUCCAUUUCCAAGCUGCUUAUUCCCUAAUGCGGGGUCACGGGGGUGCUGGAGCCUAACCCAGCUGGCUCGGGCGAGAGGCAGGGUACACCCUAGACGGGUCGCCAGUCCAUGGCAGGGCAACACAGAGACAUACAACCAUUCACACACACAAUCACACCUACACCAAUGGAGAGAGGCCAAUCAACCUAAUGCACAUCUUUGGACUGUGGGAGGAAGCCGGAGAACCCCGGAGAGAACCCACGCAAAACGUCCAAACUCCACGCAAGAACCUUCUUGCCUUCUUAUGAGGCGACGGUGCUACCCACCGCACCACCGUGCCGCCCUGCAGAGAAAUCAUAUUUAUGAAAUGUAUUCCACUGCAAAAGUCUUCCGACACAGCUCAGAAGACUUUUUGCCUCAGGCUCACAGACUGUAACUAGUGCUUCCUGGUUUCCUCUGUACCUGCCCCAGUAACGGUCGAGCUGAGAGGGGGCGGCAUUAGCCUUCUGGAGCAAAACUGCAGGAGUAGUCCAGGACAUGCAUGAGAGGAGUAUGACGGCGGUCAGAUGUGCUGUAGGUCAGACAGAGGAGUUCAAGGUGGAGGUGGGACUACACCAAGGAUCAGCUUUAAGUCCCUUCUUGUUUGUUAUGCUGGUGGACAGGCUACCAGACAGGAAUCUCUCUGGAUAAUUAUGACAUUGUAAUCUGCAGUAAAAGUAGAGAGCAGGUGGAGGAACAGCUGGAGAGGUGGAGGUUUGCUUUGGAAAGAAGAGGCAUGAAAGUCGGCCCUAGUAAGACAGCGUCUUACUUAAUCUUAGGUAAUCUUAAGAUUAAUACAUGUCUUAAUACCUGCGUCUAAAUGAGAGGGGUCAAAAUGGACCGCCGAUGACCUCAGCGCCCUGACGGACCAGGAAGAGCAGAAUAAGCCGCAUAAAAGUCUCAGCCAAGACAGACAGAGGACCAGACAAAGCCACGGUCAAAACAACUUGGGGGAGGGUGUAGCUCCAGGCUAUAAAAGAACACUGUAAGCACGGUGGUGCGGUGGGUAGCACCGUCGCCUCACAGCAGGAAGGUUCUGGGUUCGCACAUUCUCCCCAUGUUCUCUCCGGGUUCUCCAGCUUCCUCCCACAAUCCAAAGACGUGCAUUAGGUUGGCCUCUCUCCAUUGUCCAUCCAGCACCCCCGAGACCCCGCCUUAGGGAAUAAGCGAUUUGUGAAAUGAAUGAAUGAAUGUAAGUGUUCUAUCUUUUUUAUUUCUGUAGUGUGUAUUUAGGUUCUGUAUUGUGUACACAAAAUGUACAAAAAUGUGGCUGUGGUGAGUGCAAACUAUGUUGUUUUAAUUUUUGUUUGCGAUUGGACAAUGAAGGGUCCUGCCUGGAUGCUGGAAUGCUGAUAGUGGGUUAUAGCCUCCAGCAGAACUUUUUAACCAGUGCUCCUGUUGACAACGAGGACAUUCGGCGGCUCCAACGCAGAAGAGGGAAAACGAUGUACGACAGCCCCGAUGUCGAUGAAGGAGACAGGUAGACUUCGCCUCAUGGGACGUGCUGACUCCCACGGGUCAUCGGUAGCUAGUGCAGCGCUAGCUAGUUGUGGCAGUUAUGUUGGAGAGAACCUCAGAAUGGAGUGCUAUUAAUUUCUGUGAAACUUAGGGGGAUAUACAACACAUAGUGUAAUUGGGGAAUAAGAGUACUUAGAACUCAGGGUGCUAUUCUUUUAAACCUCUGCUCGUUUUCGGGUCAUAUCUGACUGAUUUACAACUUAAAACACAAGUAUUGUGUUUUUAAUUACUUCAAGGUUUUAUGAUCCUCCACACUAUGCACUUGAACAUAUAAAAGUGAUGAUCACAUCUUUCAGUGAAUUGUUUUAAAACAAGAUUAGCGCAUAAUUAACAAUGCUAACAUUGCUGUACAAGGCUAACAUGGCUACACAUGGCUGACUGUAAGUUAGCAAGUCAAGUGUGGUGGUGUCGAAGUUUGCCCCACCCACCUUCCAGCCAAGAUUGGGAAUAAGUGGCUCCCUGGGAGGCAGGCCAGGCUGGUGCCUUCAAGUACAGGUGAACACCUGAUUAGGGCUCUUUGUUGGCUUGUGGCUGGUGCCCAUGAGCGCAGGUGAGCACCCGAAUAAGAUCUUUUGUGGUUUAUCCGUGGCUGCAGUGGUGCGCCUGUGUACGAUCACUACAGGUAAGGGGAGCUGCUGUAGGUGUGGUAGAGAUGGCGAAAUCGAAGCCUCAUGAAUUACGGAGCAACUAUGACACAGUUGGUCUGAAAUCGACACAUUGCUCGACACCAUUUGACACAGUCAGAACAACGACAUCUGCUGAUUGUGUGUGAGAACUGCAUCAGAGCAGACUGACCAAACCCUCGCUGAUACGUGGUUGUUCAGGAUCACAGUCCAUGUUUUAUUGUCAAAUAAGUUGUUUAAUCAAAGGUGUGUAAUUGUUUUUCUCUGUGGAUAAUAAUAUAACAGUACCCUUGACAUGGUGAAUACUUUUGAUAGUCCAAUGUUAUUAGAGCUGCAUUUGGUGCUUCUGCAACUCUGUUUAUUACUACAUUGAGGAGAAAUGUUUGUCAUUUAGUUAAAUCAAAGACCUUUAUUUAUUUUAUUUUUCCACAAAACAUGACUUUAAUCACAUCCGCCACCUCUCCAGCUUUGGAGAAGAGCCGUUUGCACGGCACUGAUGUCUGGAUAAGACAGAUAUUUUUAUUGAAAUUGCGACUUUUCAAAAUGUAGUUUUAGUCUUUAAUUACAUUUUGAAUUUGUCAUAAAUACAUUACAGAUAUCCGUAAUGUGAAAAUUGCCGAUCUUAAAGAUCGUCUAUCAUCUUAUAGAUCAUCUCCGGACCGCUUGCCAAGUUUAUAAAGCUCUGACAUAUUGAACCAGUCCGUUCAAACUGCAGAUAAGCCGCUCGGCAGUCACAUGACGUAACGACGCCUCUCGCUCUCAUUGGUCACGUGAUUCGGAACGCGCUCGAGAUUCUGCUUUACGACACUUCCGCUUCAAGAGAUCGAUGCUGAGUCGAGUGGGAGGUCUCGAGUUGGACAUCUCUAAGGUGUCGUGAUGCAGGGUUUUGCCCCCCCCCCCCAGGCACAGCGCUUAUGAGCGAUUCUUUUUCAAGAGCCGGACCCCUUCAGAAAGCCGGCGUCAUAAUAAAAGCUAUCCGGGCUGGCAUUAGCUCGAGUCGCGGCGGGUGGUGUUCAGGUAACAGACUGAUCUUGCCUUUAAAUCCCUCAGUUUCUCCCUGCCUGGUAGUUUACCGUUUUUAAUUUAUCGCGCCAGCGGCUGGGGAGAGCGGAGUCUCGCUGGUAGACGACAACUGCGGGGGCAGCGACCGGGAAGCACAGCUACGCUACAAUCCAGACUACUGCUUUGGGUCUGGAUAAAAGUGACCCACGGGUUUGUGCCCUUCCCCGACGCUGCUGUUUCUGGCUUCUUCUUUUUAUUGUGUCUCGGUUUUGCCAAGGUUUCGACCCUUCGUCCAGGAUCUAAGAGGCGGAAACCAGUGAUUCUUGGCGUGUGUUUGGAGGUGUGUGUGUGAGUGUGUCUAAGCAUUAUAACUGUUGAUUCAUCUCUAUUUUUGUUAAUCUAGGUUGGUUGUUUUGGUUUCUAUUUUGUUGUUUUUGUUACUUUGUUUAUUUUUGUUUGCCGUGGUUUUGCAUGGUGUGAUUUGGUAUUAAUUUUUAUUGUUUAUAUUACUUACCUUGUGUGGUGUAUUUUAAUUGAGCAAUACAUUUUUAAGAAUAAAUAUUGUCGAGCUUGAACGUCCUCCUCUGCCCCCCCUGGCGUCCUUUCCGUGCGGGGUCUUGCUGUCACAAUCUGGGUUUUUUGUUUCUCGUUUUAUUCUGAAGGACUCUGGCUUCACUUAUGUUUUGAUUUCCUGUUUUAGUGUAGCAGUUCCGGUUUCCAGUCUCAUCUCAUUAGCUCCAGUCUUACUUCCGGUUUUCGUUACUCACACCUGUCUAUAAUCAGUAAUUACUUAACUGUGUAUUUAAGCACCACCAGUUCCCAUAGCCCAUUGCCAGAUUGUCGUAUGCUAGUCAUCACCUUCCAGCGCUUCAUCAUCCUGCCUGUAUGUUCCUCGAUCCUGUUUCGUUUUCUUGACUCCUGAUUCCCGUCUGCUCCUGAACUGUACUGUCGCCUGGAAAGAUCUAGUGAUACCGACCUGACCGCCUGACAUUGAGAUAGCCUGCUCCUUACCGGUACUGUAAACCUUGUCAUCCUGUUACCGAUACUCUGCCUGUCCCUGGACCUGAUUCAGCCUGCUCCCUCUGUACCGAAACCUGAGAUUCCUUGUGCAUGACCUGGACCGUCUGUUAUAACGAGAACUGUAUUAAACCUUUAAACUCCA